AUGACCCAGAAUAAAUGUAAAUCAUUUGAAAAUUUAUUACCUACAACUACAACUAAACAGCCACAUACACAGUUUCCUGAACAUUUUGAAAAGCAUCGCAAUGAACUUCAUCGUGAAUUGGCUAUGCAAUGGCCAUUUCGUACUGAUAUACCAGAUUCUACAUUCAUGCAGCCGACUAUUUCUAAAUCUACUGCUCAUUCAAAUAUUCGUGAUGGUAAUAAAUCGAAUAUGACACUCGGUGAUAAUGAUAUUUUACAUCAAACAUAUUCAAAUCUACGCUCGAAUAAUUUAACAUCAAUAAAUCAUACUGGAUCAAUUGGUAAAAAAUCAGAAGCAACUAGUCGUACAUUACCAACUGACGGUAAAUUUUCAUCAGAUGAACGUCAGCAACAUAUAGAAUGGAUAUCAAAAGCACAAGAAGGUAUUAUUACUUAUCAAUUACCUGAUGGUUUACCUGAUGGAUUUGCUUUAUAUAAUAAACUUCAGAAAUUAAUGAAAACAAAUACAAUCUAUUUAAAUGAUAGAUCUUUUUGGACAACAUUAGAAAAUCGAUUUAAAAAUUUAAGAAAACAAAAUUGUCAAGAAAACAUGGAACGUUUACGUCAAAUUCAGCAACAAGAUGAACAAGACCUUAUUUCUAAAGGUAUAUUGCCAUAUACAACUGAAGAAGCUAUUAAACAAUAUUCCGAACAACAACGAACAAAAAUGAAGGCAGAUGAAAUUGUUAUAGAUAAUUCGAAUUACAAAAAAUGUUUAAUCGAUUAUAAUCCAUCAAAUAAUUUUUCAAAUAAAAAAUUUGAAGAUAAUCUAUUAAAUAAAAAUGAAGAACUCGAAGCAUUUGAAACUGAUAAUGUUCAUCCACGUGUUCAUGAAAUUUUUACAGAUUAUAAAUUUCAAACAAAAUUAGGAAAAGAUAUAGGAGAAAAAUUUCAAAAUGAUUUAUAUAAAAAUCAAGCACAAAUAAAAACAAUAUUUCCUAAAACAAAUCAACAAGAUCUUAUUCGACAAGAAUUAGAAGUUGUUAAAACAAGUGAAGGACUCUAUGCUUAUUCAAAUCGUUUAGCUAAACAAAUAUCAUCGUAA